CUGAACUUUCUCAAGCAAUGAACAGUGGUACGGGCUUGUCCAAGCCUUCCCCUCCUCUCCCACCGAAGAGAGGCCUCCUGCCUAACAGCACAUCAGAGGCAGCUGUCGCUUCCAAGCCCUCGAACGACAGGACGGGGACAGCUCACCGCCCCGCACUGAUACCGAUGCACGUGGCCUCUGCUCACCCACCACCCUCCCCUUCGCCGCCGCUGCCCACGCACAUACCCCCGGAACCUCCCCGCCUGCCCUUGCCUGCCUCCACCCCUGUCUUGGACCCUCCACGCUCCCUGGACCUCCCUAAAGAGACUCCUCCUCCUCCUCCUGAAGACUUCAGGUCCUUGGAGGCGGCGAAGAGGACGGCAGAGCAAGGGUUUGGCGAACCCCACGUGCUGCCUCGCCUGCCCCAGAUCCCCUUGCACAUCCGUAUCCAGCAGGCUCUGGCCAGUCCUCUGCCUGUCACCCCGCCCGCCGAGGGCUCGCACAGGGCUCACUCGCUGCUCUUUGAGAACGAUGGCUUUGGAGAAGACAACGGCACCCUGGGCAGGACGAGGUCCCUGCCUGUCACCAUUGAGAUGCUGAAAGUUCCAGACGAUGAGGAGGAAGACGACGAUGACCGGGAAGAGGAGCAAAAUUCAGGCCCUCGUGUGUAUAUUGGAGAUGUGCCAUCUGUCACAGUCAUCCCCAAACUGGUACCCCAGGUGCUACCAGAGGAGCAGGAAGGAGAUGAAGGGAUGAGCGACUCUGACUCGGAGGGGCCCAUCCUGUACAAAGAUGACGAAGAUGAGGAAGAAGAUGAAAGCCAUAACAGCACGCUGGCUAACAAAGUGAAGAGGAAAGACACGCUAGCUAUAAAGCUGGGGAACGCCACCACGCCGCAGGAGGAGAAGAUUGUCUUCCCUCGGAAGAAAGAAAUUCGGCACCAGAUUGGGACGACGCUGAUCAGGCGACUGAGUCAGAGACCGACAGCGGAAGAACUGGAGCAGAGGAACAUACUUCAACCGAAAAAUGAAGCUGACCGUCAAGCUGAGAAGCGAGAGAUCAAACGCCGGCUCACCAGAAAGCUUAGCCAAAGGCCUACAGUGGCAGAGCUGCAGGCCAGGAAGAUCCUGAGGUUUAACGAAUACGUGGAAGUAACAGAUGCUCAGGACUACGACCGGCGAGCGGAUAAGCCAUGGACAAAGCUGACACCAGCUGACAAGGCUGCCAUCCGGAAGGAGCUGAAUGAGUUUAAGAGCUGUGAAAUGGAAGUCCACGAGGACAGCAAGCAGUUCACAAGGUACCAUCGACCAUAAUCUUCCAAGAAGGGAGCAAGAGACCCAAGAGGACUGGAAGUUCUCUGCCUCCCUCUCCUAGGCAAUACAGCGAGGGUGGAACCUCGGCUCUUCCAAGAUUUGCCUUCAAAACAUAUCCAGAAAAAGGGCUUUCGGCCAGGGAAGGGGGAAUCCUGUCUGAAUGUAGCAUUUCACUGGAACAAACACGUCUCGAGUGCCAUCAGGCUGGAACUGAACACUAUACCUCGUGUGGCUCAGCAAUACGCCUCUGCUCCGGCGCCAGCGUCCCUGCCAGGAGAACCACGCACGUGGGAACCAACGGUUCAUUCCCCGGCUCCCUUUCCCAGCCCGGACAGGCCCAGUUCUCAGCUGUACGUACUCCUUUUUGGGGAUGCAACUCCUUUGUUUUCCCCCUCUUUACCCAAGAGGGGGUGGAGGGGAAAAAAAAAAAGGCAGCUCUAGUGUUGGAAAGCUGAGGAAUGGAG